AUGAACAACACAGCUCACCCUAGACUGCGAAAGUCAACCAAGAUUGACCCUGAAAUCAUGGCCGGACCGCUUGAAGCCAACGCGACAGCCCAUGAGCAAGAUGCAUUACUUAGAGACGAGACUGAAUGCGAAAGCCACGGGGAGGAAUCUGCAGAGUUGCGUGACACAAACCACCCCGUCUCGAAGUGCGCUCUUUUCCUAGGCAACUCUCUGUUCCGUGUGCUUAAAGCUACCCUGGGAUGCAGCUACACCAAUUUGCUACUUCCAUUCGUGUUUCUGGGAAUCAUUGCGGGGGGCCAAGGAUGGGGUGAUUCGAUUUCUUUCGUGUUCAACUUCCUGGCGAUUCUUCCUCUCGCUGCGUUGCUGUCAUUUGCCACAGAGGAACUGGCAAAAAGCGUCGGGCAAACCGUUGGAGGGUUGAUCAAUGCGACAUUUGGAAAUGCAGUUGAAAUGAUUGUGGGAAUCACUGCGGUCCGACAGGGAGAAAUCAGCAUCGUGCAGUCCAGUAUGGUGGGAAGUAUCCUGUCAGGAAAUCUACUGAUCCUAGGUGUUUCAUUUUUCUGCGGCGGCUAUGCAAAAGAUGUGGUGAGGUUCAACGUGGAUGUUAGUGGGAUACUAUCAUCCUUGAUGGUGGUUUCAUCUGCAACAUUGAUCAUUCCCUCCGUGCUCUAUUCAACCAUACCGUCCAAGUCCCACGAAGUGGAAGUCAGCGUCCUGAGUCUCUCCCGUGCCGCCUCCGUGGUCCUACUCACAUUCUACCUGGUCUAUCUCUACUUUCAAUUGAAGAGUCACGCUGAGCUAUUCGUCGACGAUCAAAAAGAAGAGGAAGAAGAGCGAGUUCUGGGCCCCUGGUCGGCAAGCAUAAUUUUGAUCCUUGCAACUCUCGGGGUUACCGUCUGCUCCGAUCGUCUGGUGGACAGCGUCGAUGGCUUCGUAGACAAGUGGCAUGUGAGCCGGGCUUUUAUUGGCCUGAUCGUGGUUCCCAUUGUCGGUAACGCGGGUGAAUUCAAUACUGUCGUCAAUUCUUCGAUCAAGGGGAAUAUGGAUCUCGCAAUUGGUGUUAUUGUGGGAAGCACAUUGCAGAUUGCAUUGUUUGUGAGUCCGUUCCUGGUCAUAUGUGGCCUGGUUAUUGGGCAGCCCAUGUCUUUGCGCUACAGUCCCUUCGAAACUGUGGUAUUCUUUCUAUCGGUGAUCGUCAUGGACUGCUUGAUUCGCGGAGGUCGAUCCAAUUACUACGAAGGGUCUCUAUUAGUUGGAACGUAUUUGAUAAUCGCAAUUGCAUUCUACGUGCACCCAGACGCAGUCGAUGCCCCCUUCGUCUAG